AUCCCAGUUUGAGAACCACUGGGAGACUGGUAUCGUAGUGUGCGUAACUGUAAUGCAAGUGGCGAGAAUUUAGUAACAGUUUUAACGACGCGUCCCGCUUUGGAGUACGUAGAUCGUGGGUUGGUCUCCAAAAGGGCAAUGAUACGAUGAGUACUAUCAGGUGUUUUGUGUUCGUGUUUGCGAUUGCUAGUAAUUCGUUCACCUCCGCAUAUGACGAAUGCAACGAACCGCUUUUGGAUAAAGCUCAGUUGAGAGCGACGUCCCAACUUCCUGAAAGGGGUCCAUAUAAUGCCAGACUCAACGGAGGUUCUACGUGGUCACCAGAGCUUAGCAGUUAUGAUCAACAUCUUACUGUGGACCUGGGAUACAGAUAUGAGAUACGCAGCAUUGCCACACGAGGUCGUGCUCAUACUAACGAGUAUGUGACAGAGUACAUUGUCCAAUACUCUGACGAUGGGCAAGCCUGGGCCAGUUAUGAGAGCCAGGAUGGUGUAGAUGAGAUGUUCAAGGGUAAUAUAGACGGAGACACUAUAAAACUGAAUAAAUUCGAAGUUCCAAUUAUUGCACAGUGGCUUAGAAUAAAUCCAACUCGAUGGCGGGAUAGAAUAUCGCUGAGAUUAGAAUUGUAUGGAUGCAGUUAUGUGUCCGAUGUCUUGUCCUUCAAUGGCUCGUCUCUUUUGCGAUACGAUUUGUUAAGGGAACCAAUAGAAACCGAUAGACAUUUUAUACGUUUUCGAUUUAAAACAAAUAACGCCGACGGAGUCCUGAUGUACUCCCGUGGCACGCAAGGUGAUUACAUAGCCUUACAACUGAAAGAUAAUAGAAUGAUAUUAAACAUCGAUCUUGGAUCUGGUAUCAUGACAAGUCUGUCCGUUGGAAGUCUGUUGGACGACAAUAUGUGGCACGAUGUCUUGAUAUCGCGCAAUAGAAAGAAUAUAUCAUUCUCGGUAGAUAGAGUGCUAAUUAAGGGAAGAGUUAAAGGAGAGUUUUAUAGACUGGAUUUAAACAGAGCGCUUUACAUAGGUGGUGUGCCUAAUAAACAAGACGGAUUAAUAGUAAAUCAGAAUUUCACAGGGUGCAUAGAAAACUUUUAUCUAAACGCGACGAGCAUCAUUCACGACUUAAGAGAAACCGAAGUUACCGGCGAUAAUUUGAGAUAUUAUAAAGUAAACACGAUUUAUAGCUGCCCAGAACCGCCCAUAAUCCCGGUCACGUUCUUGACUCACGGCUCGUACGCUAGACUCAAAGGAUACGAAGGGAUAUCGUCUAUGAACGCCUCUCUCACGUUUCGAACGUACGAGGAUCACGGGAUUAUUUUGUAUCACCAGUUUACAUCCCCGGGUUUCGUAAAGCUGUAUUUAGAAUACGGUAAACUAAAAGUCAACAUUCAAACAAAAGGAAAUCCACUAGUAUCUUUGGAUAACUUCGAUGAAAAGUUUAACGACGGGAAAUGGCAUCUGGUUAUUUUAACUAUAUCGAAGAACAGCCUCAUACUGAACGUCGACGGGACGCCUAUGAGAACUAAACGCAUGUUGGAAAUGACGACAGGGUCGGAGUACUUUAUCGGUGGCGUGACAGGAAUAGAAAGCAACCGAGGUUUCGUCGGUUGUAUGCGAAUGAUAAGCAUCGAUGGCAAUUACAAGCUGCCGACCGACUGGAAGGAGGAGGAAUAUUGUUGCAAAAACGAGAUAGUUUUCGAUGCUUGUCAGAUGAUGGAUCGUUGCAAUCCGAAUCCAUGCAAACACUCUGGUAUCUGCCGUCAAAAUUCUGAUGAAUUCUUCUGCGAUUGUGCCAAUACAGGAUAUACGGGAGCAGUAUGUCACACUUCAUUGAAUCCUCUUUCGUGCGAGGCCUACAAGAACAUAAACUCGGUAAAUCAACGAGCAGACAUAAAAAUAGACGUCGACGGAAGCGGGCCGUUGAACCCGUUCCCUGUGGUUUGCGAGUUCUACACGGAUGGCCGCGUAAGGACGAUCCUACGACACAACAACGAACGCGCGAUGCCUGUGGACGGAUUCCAAGAGCCAGGCACUUUUGUUCAAGACAUCAUUUACGACGCAGACAUGAAUCAGAUCGAAGCUCUGUUGAAUCGAUCGACGAACUGCAGGCAGAGAAUCAGUUACGAAUGCAUACAUUCGAAGUUGUUUAAUUCACCAGUGCCUCAAGGAGAUUAUUUUAGACCGAAUUCGUGGUGGGUCAGCAGACACAAUCAGAAAAUGGACUACUGGGGCGGAGCGCUGCCGGGAUCGCGGAAAUGCGAGUGUGGGAUACUCGGGAACUGCGUGGAUCCCACGAAAUGGUGCAAUUGCGACGCUGAACUGGACGGGCCCUUGGAAGACAGCGGCGACAUCACCGAAAAGGAAUACCUCCCUGUUAAACAAUUGCGAUUCGGCGACACCGGCACCCCGGUCGACGAGAAGAAAGGUCGUUACACCCUCGGACCGCUUAUUUGCGAGGGCGAUGGUUCUAAUUUACCUUGGUUGACCGCCAAGGUAAGAUCAGAUUUGUUCAAGAACGUAGUGACGUUCCGCAUCGUCGACGCCACCAUCAAUCUCCCGACGUUCGACAUCGGUCACAGCGGCGACAUCUUCUUCGAAUUCAAGACAACGAUCGACGACGCGGUUAUAAUGCACAGCAAGGGACCCACGGAUUACAUAAAGAUCUCUAUAAACAGCGGAAAUCAGAUUCAGUUUCAGUACUUGGCCGGCAGCGGCCCGCUCACCGUGAGCGUGCAGACCUCUUACAGGUUAGCCGACAACCAGUGGCACUCCGUGUCGGUCGAAAGAAAUCGCAAGGAAGCUAGGAUCGUGGUCGACGGAGCGUUGAAGGCCGAGGUGAAGGAACCUCCCGGACCGGUACGUGCUCUUCAUCUCACGUCGGAUCUCGUGGUAGGCGCCACGACGGAUUACAGGGACGGCUACGUGGGAUGCAUCAGGGCGCUUCUAUUGAACGGUCAGUUGCAAGACCUCAGGAGGUUCGCGCGGCAAGGCCUCUACGGGGUCACCGAGGGCUGCACCGGCAGGUGCGAGAGCAGCCCGUGUCUCAACAACGGCACGUGCCAUGAAAAAUACGACGGAUAUUCCUGCGACUGUCGUUGGACCGCGUUCAAGGGACCCAUUUGCGCGGAUGAAAUUGGUGUAAACAUGCGUCCCAGUUCCAUCAUAAAGUACGACUUCAUGGGGAGCUGGCGGUCGACGAUCGCCGAGAAGAUCCGUGUCGGUUUCACGACGACGAAUCCGAAAGGUUUCUUGCUCGGCUUGUUUUCGAAUAUCUCCGGGGAGUACAUGACCAUCAUGGUCUCCAACAGCGGCCAUUUGCGCGUGGUUUUCGAUUUCGGUUUCGAGCGACAGGAAGUGAUAUUCCCCAAUAAGCAUUUCGGUCUGGGACAAUAUCACGACGUCAGAGUGGGCAGGAAGAACUCCGGGGCGACUCUCGUGCUGCAAGUCGACAACUACGAGCCCAAGGAGUUCAAUUUCAACAUCAAGACUUCCGCUGACGCGCAGUUCAACAAUAUACAGUACAUGUACAUCGGAAGAAACGAGUCCAUGACGGAAGGAUUCGCUGGUUGUAUAUCCAGAGUCGAGUUCGACGAUAUCUACCCUCUGAAGUUGCUGUUCCAAGAGGACGGGCCCGCGAACGUUCGUUCGUUCGGUACUCCUCUUACGGAGGACUUCUGCGGCGUGGAACCCAUCACGCAUCCGCCUUACAGCGUCGAGACGCGACCUCCUCCGCAGCUGGACGAGGAGAAAGUUCGAGCAGCGUACAACGAAGUCGAUACAGCGAUUUUAGGAAGCGUCCUGGCCAUCAUCGUCAUCGCGUUGAUUAUAAUGGCGAUACUUAUAGGGAGAUACAUGUCGAGACACAAAGGUGAGUAUCUAACGCAAGAGGACAAAGGUGCCGAAAUAGCGUUAGAUCCGGACUCAGCGGUGGUCCAUUCCGCUACCGGUCAUCAAGUUCAAAAGAAGAAGGAAUGGUUUAUUUAAAUACGACAUUGUAACGCGCUGUAUCGAUCCUAGAAUACGUUUAUAGGUAAAGCUAUGCAUAUAUAAGUGCUCUUUGAAGUGUCAUACAAAGGAUUUCGUAUAAUAUAUUCUAAAGAAAGACGAAGACGGACGUAAACGGAGCUUAUCACGCGAUCAAUAUUUUACUAGUCCGCUGUGUACCGACGCGGAUCGUUUUAUGGAAUUUACCAUAGAAGGAACGAUACGAAAUUUUGUUUUUACUGUUUCGAUUUAACGAUAACAGUAAGACGAGAGAACUCUGUAUAAAAAUAAAAGAGACGGGAACGGCUAAACUUAACCGAUCUACGAAACAUAAGAAACUAUAUCGAACUAUAUUAUAAUGAAAAGUACCCUACUGGUACAAAGAUAAUAAAAUUCUCCUGAAAAGAACUGAAUAUUAUAGAAGCAAUUCUCAUCUUUUUAAUUAUUGUUUGGCUCAAUAUUUAGAUUUGAAAAGUUAAAGUUAUUAUCAGAGUUAAGUAGCAUACGACUAAAGGUAGAAGUAAAACAUAUUAAAACGCAGAUACCCCUUUUACUUUAUAAGGUAACGAAUUCCCAUUGUGUUUAAUUACCUUGAUUAGUACAUUUAGUUGCUAAACGGUAGAGAUAGUAAUGAAACUAUUUGUAAUUACAAACUGCUGCUAUUCUAGACUGCGAGGUGCAUAAGUAUUUAUUGUACUUUUGUAAUUUAGUUCGAGCUACACGGCAGGAUAACAUGCUAGCUAUUUUGUUUUUCCUUUUUGAAAGAAGGAAAAUAGUUGGUUUAUUUUUCUACUGUACCAUAUAUAUCUAUACUUUUAAUAUCAGUUGCCAAAUUAUUAACGAUCUAUCUGUUAACACGUUUUCGUAAAAUCGGAGUAUUUUUGACGUUGUGUUCAAAUUCGCGGAACUCUUCUAUCAACAACAACAAAAUUCUGUACAUAUAUAAGAAAACUUCAAAACUUUUCAACAACGUCCUAUCAUAUGUAUAAUACUUUUUCCUUUUAGCGAAAAUUGUUCUCAGUAUUAUUUGUAAUGCUUACCGUCCAAAGUGCAUUUUACUUUUCUCUUUUUUGUAUUUAUUUUGUUUACAUUUGUUUUAUUAUGUAUUACAGAUAUUUUAUUUUUA